AUGACCAACCACACAGUGGACACAGAUUUCUUCCUCAUGGAAUUCUCUCACAGCCAUCAGCUCCAGGUGCUCCAGGGCUUCUUGUUUCUGCUGAUUUACUUGGUGUCCCUCAUGGGGAACCUUCUCAUCAUCAUGCUUGUCACUGUGGAGAAGUGUCUUCAUACCCCCAUGUACUUCUUCCUGAAGAACUUGUCCUUCCUUGAUGUGGGCUUCAUUUCAGUCACAGUCCCAAAGCUCAUUUUCAAUUCUUUGUCUCACAGGAGCACUAUCUCUUUCCCAGGAUGUGUGUGUCAGGUGAUAUUCGUGGCUACCUUUGCUGCAUCUGAAAUUUCCAUCCUCACAGCUAUGUCCUGUGACCGCUAUGUGGCCAUCUGUCACCCACUGCACUAUGAUGCAAUCAUGAACAGGACAGUCUGUGUGCAGAUGGUAGCUGCCUCUUGGCUAUUUGGAAGUCUCUUUGGGGCCUUAUAUUUUUAUGGAACCUUCUCUUUAUCUUUUUGUGACUCCAGAAAAGUGCCACAGUUCUUCUGUGAUGUCCCCUCUCUACUGAAGAUUUCCUGCUCAAAGAUUCAUGUCACCAUUGACAUUAGUGUCAUUGUUGGAAUUGUUUAUGCAUUUCUCUGCUUAGUGUCCAUAGUGUUUUCAUAUAUUUACAUUUUCAAUACAUUGUUGAGAAUACCCUUGUCACAGGGGAGGUCAAAAGCCUUUUCUACCUGCGUACCCCAUCUCAUAGUUGUCUCCACAUUUUUAGUAGCAGCUGUCAUUGCCUAUUUGAAUCCAGUUCCUGAUUAUCCACAGCGUUUGGGCAUUUUGAUAUCUGUUUUCUAUUGUUUGAUGCCUUCAUCUAUAAAUCCUAUAAUAUACAGCCUAAGGAAUAAGGAAAUCAAAGCUUCUUUGUGGAACUUUUUAUGGAAACUUCAUAACUAUGUGCUUUAUAGGGAAAAACAAUUAUAG